UAAAGAAGAGAGGGAAAGAUGGUGGGAAGUGGAGCUCCACAGAGAGGAAGUGCAGCUGCAGCUGCUAGCAUGCGUAGGAGGAAGCCAAGCGGCAGCUCAAGUGGAGGAGGAGCCUCUGGUGGUGCAGCAGGAUCCAUGCUUCAGUUCUACACGGAUGACGCACCCGGUCUCAAGAUCUCCCCUAAUGUCGUCCUUGUCAUGAGCAUCGGCUUCAUUGCUUUUGUCGCUGUUCUUCACGUGAUGGGCAAGCUCUACUUUGUCAAGUGAUCACAGAGAGAGGCUUGAAACACCCUAAAGUUACUGCUAGUGAUCAGUAUUAGACACUUGUUUUGUUUGACUCAUGUUUUAAUUUUGUGGAGUAUUAAGUUUCUUGACGUUCAAAGUUUCAGUAUUCUUCAUAUACGAAGUUAAGAGA